AUGAUGCUACGAAGUUGUGGCCUUCAGACUCUGCGGAGUGCCCCGCGACCUUCACUCGCCGCUCCCUUGAAGGAGUCUUGUGGCAAACGAUGGGCCCAGGCAUGCUACUCCACACAGGCUCAAAGAAAGCCCAAUGAAGUCGACGUCAUUGUCGUCGGCUCCGGGUGCUCUGGGCUGACAGCCGCAUUGGCGGCAGCGAAACAUGGCCUGGAUGUGCUGGUGCUGGAAAAGACACAGUAUUUCGGGGGCACCACCGCAACCUCUGGAGGAGGCAUGUGGCUGCCGAACAAUAAAUACCAGCCCAUUAUGGGAAUCACCGAUAGCACCGAAAAGGCCGAUGAGUAUCUGCAGAACCUCUUAGGCCCGCUGUACGACCAGCAGAAGAUCGCGGCCUUCUUGAAGUCCGCCCCCGAAAUGCUGGAGUGGCUGGAAGCGAACUCGCAUAUGCAGUUUCAGCCGGUGCCAGCCCCAGACUAUCACCAGUCACGACCAGGGGCGUCGGUCGGACGCACACUUCUCACCAAGGGCAGUUUCGACGGUCGGCAGCUGGGAAAUCUCAUCAAAGAUGUGCGGUAUCCCAUCCAAGGCGUAGCGGUCUUUGGGUCCAUGCAGGCUGAUUGGACUCUGCUGCCAAUUCUCAGUAACCCGCUUGGCAGCGUGUCGAAUUUCAUGGCGUCGGUGCGGAUUCUGUCAAGAUAUGCGUUCGAUCUGAUCAGAUGGGGGAAAGGCACGGUGAUGAUGAAUGGAAAUGCCCUGGUAGGCCGCCUACUUGCAUCACUCCAAACCGAAGGCGUUCAGCUGUGGAACAACGUCCCCGCGCAGGGGCCAAUUCUCGACAACGGCCGCGUAGUGGGGCUAAAAGUUCUUCGGGAUGGGCAAGAACUCUCGGUCCAUGCCAGGAAAGGCGUCGUGUUAGCCAGCGGUGGGUUUGGCCGAUCGCCCGAAGCAAAAAACUACGUGCCCCAUGAAUGGUGCGCUGCUCCCCGGGGAAACACCGGCGACGGCAAGCGCAUUGGGGUCGAAAGUGGGGGAGCCCUGCCCGCGAAGAACCCUGAGAACGCGGUCUUCGCGCCCAUCUCCCUGCUAGAGGUCCCCGGUCAGCCUACCCGACGCUUCCCCCAUUUCUUUGACAGGGCGAAGCCGGGAUCGAUCUUCGUCGAUACCAAUGGAAAGCGCUUCGCGAACGAGUCCGCGCCAUACCAGAACUUCGUCGCCGCAAUGCACGAGAAGGGAAUUGAAAAGGCCUUCUACAUCGCCGACCAUACCUAUCUUCGCAAAUACGGAAUGGGAAUGGCCUUCCCGGCGCCGUAUCCGAUUGGAAAGCUUCUACGACAGAAGUAUCUCUUGUCUGCUCCUACGAUUGCCGAGCUGGCGGGUCGAAUUGGAGUUCCGAAGGAGAACCUCGAAAAGACGAUCGCGCAGUUCAACUCUUUUGCGGAAACUGGGAAAGAUCUCGAGUACCACCGAGGGGAGGAGCCCAAUGACCGCUUCUAUGGUGACCCCUCUGUGGCCCCGAAUCCCAGUUUGGGGGCCUGUAAGACGGGACCAUUCUACGCGCUGCCGGUUUACCCGGGGAACGUCAGCACGAUCUAUGGCCUGUCAACAAAUAUCGAUGCCCAGGUGGUGGAUGCAAGGGGGAGGCGAUUCCAGGUCUGUAUGCGGUGGGCUGUGAUCAGAACCAGGUAUUCAAGGGCGUUUGUCCGGGCGCUGGAUCCAGUAUUGGUCCCGGUAUGA